AUGCCGCGCUUUGUGCAGGAGCUCGCCGCGUGCAGCGCCAGCAGCGGCUGCGGCAGCGGCGACGGCAGCUGCGGCCGUGGCGUUGAUCAGGGCGAGGCCGCCGACCUGCUGCGCGCCGCCCUGGCGGCGCUGCGCAGCAGCAGCCCCGGCUCCCAGGUUAUCACCCUGCGCCACUACGCCGCACUGCACGCGGCAGCGGUGGCGGCGGAGGCGGCUGGGCCCGCGGCAGAAGCGGCGUCGGCGCCGCCGCUGGUGUCGCUGCGGGACGUCAUGAGUCAUGAGUACCGAAUGGCGGUGCGGCGUGUGGCGCAGCCAGACUUUUUGGAGGGCGUCCGGGCGCUUUUGGUUGACAAGGACCGGUGCCCAAAAUGGCGGCCGAGGGACUUGGAAGAGGUGGACGCUGACGUGGCGCCUCGGCUGGCGGCGCCGCUCCCGGCAGGGACUGGGGGCCUUGAUCUGGGGGAGACGGACACGGCCGUGCUGGCUGCUUCGCGGCGGUUGGACUGA